AACUUGUAUCUAAGGCCCCUCCCACUGAAAAACUUCAGUUUGCCCCAUUUUCCCUUCCAGAAACUGCAUCCCAGCCUUCUUGCAGAAAAUGGUCUGGAGAGUCCCUUCAGUCUUGAAUCUGUAGUCCUCAAACUCACCUGGGACAUGGCUGCAACCACAUGUUGGUGGUGGUGUUAGGUGCCAUUGAGUUGGUUCCAACUCAGAGACCCCAUGUACAACAGAACAAAACACUGCCUGGUCCUGCAUCAUCCUCACAAUCGUUACGCUUGAGCCCAUUGUUGCAGCCACUGUGUCAGUCCAUCUUGUUGAGGGUCUUCCUAUUUUCACUGGUCCUCUACUUUACAAAGCAUCAUGUCCUUCUCCAGGGACUGGUCCCUCCUGAUAACGCCUCCAGAGUAUGUGAGUCUCACCAUCCUUGCUUCUAAGGAGCAUUCUGGUUGUACUUCUUCCAAGACAAAUUUGUUCGUUCUUUUGGCAGUCUGUAGUAUAUUCAGUAUUCUUUGCCAACACCAUAAUUCAAAGAACCACGUGGUCCCCAAAAUAUCCACCUUGGGUCACCCCCUGGUCCCUGCCCCCAUCCCAUGUCUCUGCCCUCUUGGUCCGUGCCUACCUGAGGUCAGGGCUGGUUCUGACAUUCCAGGGCACUGAUUUUCUGCAUUUUUGUCACCGGUGAAGAGAUUGGCCAGGUUAUUGGUCUCCCUCACCCAUCUCCAAACCAGUUUUGGGAGCUGAGCUAUACAGGCUCCCUGCAGGGUCAGCUGGAACUUAAGAGUCCUGCCGUGGUCUAAACCAGUCGACCCCAGUUUUCUGACAUUGGGCCUCUGUGCUCAGCCCCUUGGGGAGAGAUGGAGCCAGACACAGACUGAGCUCAGUGGGGUCAAGACUGGGCUGGAAGAGGGACAGGCUGGGGGCAGGGCACAGAGGGGAGUGGGCACUGCUGGAGGAGCCAGGAAGGCUGGGGGGCAGUCAAUCUGAGUCGAUCUUAAUGGCAAACACAACAUCAGAAAAAACAAACCAAACCCAUUGCCAUCAAUUCCAACUCACGGUGACCCCAUGUGUUACAGGGUAGGACUGUUCCAUAGCAUUUUCUUGGCUGUAAUCUUUAUGGAAAGGAGAGCUGGUGGUGCAUUGGUUAAAGUGCUGAGCUGCUAACUGAAAUGCUGACGGUUCGAAUCCACCCAGAGGAUCCUUAGGAGAUAGACCAGGUGAUCUGCUGCCAUAAAGAUUGUUGUUGUUGUUGUUGUCAGGUGUUGUCGAGUUAGUUCCAACUCAUAGCAACCCUAUGUACAGUAAAACCCGUGAAAGCUGGAACCUGUAUAAGGUGGAAACCUUUCAUAGAAGGAAAACUCAAAUAUUUUCCAUGAAUACUGAGCAAUAGAAAAGCGGUAAGACUGCACCGUGUCAAAGGUGGAAGACUUGGGAGAUCCAGAAAAACAAGGCAGUCCCAUCAAGUGGUGGCUCUCACAGGUUUCGAUGUAUAACAAAACAAAACAUUGCUCGGUCCUGUGUCAUUCUCACAAUUGUAAGCUCAUAAAGAUCACAGCCUAGAAAACCCUAUGGGGCAGUUCUACUCUGUCACAUGGAGUCACUAUGAGUCGAAAUCAACCCGAUGGCACCUAACAACAAUCUUUAUGGAUUGGUUCAAACUGCCAACCUUUAGGUUAGUAAAUCUUGCCAUCAAGUCAAUUCCAAUUCAUAGGGCCCCUAUAGGACAGAGUAGGACUGCCCCAUAAGGUUUCCAAGGAGCAGCUGGUAGAGUCAAGCUGCCAGCCUUUUGGUUAGCAGCCAAAUUGUUAACCACUGUACCACCAGUACUCCUUUAGGUUAGUAGUCAAGCACAAACUAUUUGCUCCACCCUAACCAAAAAAACACAAACCCAUUACCAUCGAGUCAGUUCUGACUCACAGCGACCCUAUACCAGGGACCUCUAAACACAGCACAGUGAUCUAAGCUUUGUUGGGGGACUCCCAGGUAGAGGACACCUCCCCAGCUGGAGGGUGGGGAAGGAAGUAUCAAAAAAAGACCGCCCACCAGAACUUCCUGCAGGAUUGGCACCUCCUCCCUUCUGCACCUGCCUGGGGAUGCUGCGUAUGGCUGGGGGGAAAAAAAAACAGGGCUGCAAACUGGGUCACAGCAGCCCUUUGACUGGUCAGUCAUUACAGGAAAGUACUGAAUUUCCCUGGUCCUUUCCAUCUCUGAUUUUUUCCACUCCACUGCCCAACCUCCAAGGUCCCUGGGUGGCGCAAACGGUUUGGGCUAGUCUACUAACCAAAAGAUUGGCAGGUUCGAACCUACUCAUUGGAGCCGUGGAAGAAAGACUUGGCAAUCUGCUUCUGUAAAGAUUUCAGCAAACACACACACACACACACACACACGGAGCAGUUCUACUCCGUAACACAUGGGGUUGCCAUGAGUCAGAAUCGACUUGAUGGCAACAGGUUUCAUUUUUGUUUUUUUGGCCAGCCACCACUAUGUGCUUCCCUUUUUGCAAGACACUGAUGUGGGGACAGGCUGGGGGGGAUGUGAACCUCCAAUCUCAUCAGCUGGUCAUUUCCUAGGUGCUGAAGAAGAAUUGUUGUAGUUGUGUGCCGUUUAGUCGAUUCUGACUCACAGCCACCCUAUAGGACAGAGUAGAACUGAUCCAUAGGGUUUUCUAGGCUAUAAUCUUUGUAGGAGCAGAUUGCCAAGUCUUUGUCCCAAGAGGAUCAGCUGGUGGGUUCAAACCGCCAACCUCUCGGUUAGCAGCUGAGUGCUUAACCGUUGCACCACCAGGGUCCCUUACAAGGAAUUAAGGGCUUUCCAUCUCCUUUCUCGGCACUUGAACUCAUUCACCAUGAUGACUGCCCCCCAGUCAGGCAUUUUGGGGUAGAGUUGCACUACCCUGGCCAGCACCCCAUUUGCAGGAAGUAAGAGCUUCCGGGCAGGAUGAGAGAUGAGGCUUGGGCAGUGGGUUUGACAGCUAUUCUAACGGGCAGCACCUCACAUCUAGGUUACAGACACCAUAGGCUGUAAACCUCAGUCACCUUGACCCUGCCUGCUUCCCAGCCCCACAUCCUGUUGACUGUUUUGCACUAUUUCUCAAAUCCGGCCCCUCCUCUCCCUUCCUUGGUCCCUGUCCCUGCUGAGACCUUACCCCACCCACCCCACCCUCCUCAGAGUGAUUGCACCAGCCUCCCCUCCACACACGCACCUCUUGGCCCUGCAUCGAAAUGAUCUUCGUUUUUCCAAUCAAUAAUGAGUUUGGUUUUUUUGGGGGGGGGGGAGUGGGGGGGUGGGAGGUGAUGGUUUAGUAUUGAUUUUUUAAACUUUUAUUGUGGUAAAAAAAAUACAUAAAACAUUUGCCCACUCAACAUUUUUCGAAUGUACAAUUCAGCAACAUCGAUUACAUUCAUCGUUUUGUGAAUUACACGUUUCUAACUGAAGAAAUGAUUGUGGUAGUGUCAUUAGCUGGUGGUGUUGUCAUUAGUUGCACCGUGAGUCAAGUUGCUAAUUCGACUCAUGGUGACUCCAGGUGUCAGAGUAGAACUGCAUUCCAUAGGGUUUCCAAGGCUGUGACCUUUUGGAAGCAGAUCGCCAGGCCUUUCUUCUGAGGCAACUCUGGGAGGGUUUGAACUACCAGCGUUUCAGUUAGCGGUCCGGUGCUUUAUCGUUUCUGCCACCCAGGGACGCAAAUAAAUGGGUGAUAGAAAAAAAAUAUUAUUUCAGGUAGCACAAAAGUGCAAAAAGUCAGUCUUUUCCGCACUUGAAAAUUCCUGUGCUCCUCCCCAGUUUGUGUCUCCUUCUAUAAUGAUGUUCUCUGCAUACAAACACGUGCAAACACACACAUACGUACGUCCAUCUUGUUUUAAACAGGUGGAAAUACAGUACCCACGAAGUCUAUGCUUGCCUACCCGUUGCUGUCUAGUCGAUUCCGACUCAUGGCGACCCCAUGUGUAUCAGAGUAGAACUGUGCUCCAUAGGACUUCCUUGGUUGUAAAAUUUACGGAAGCCAAUCGCAGGCCCUUCUUCCUCAGUGCCACCAGGUGGGUUCAAACUGCCAACCUUUAGGUUAGUAGUCCAAUGCAAACUGUUUGUAUGAUCCAGGGACCUUGUGCUUGCCUAGAUCUCAGCAAACACCCCUUGAAUGGUUGAACAGUGUAUUACAGAGAUCCGAGAUCCAAAAACUAUUUACUGUCACCAGUCCUCCAAACGACAGCCAGUCUGCAUGAUCAGGUGGGUGUACCUCCCCCUGCUAAAAACUUAUCAAGGGUUAAAAUAGGAACCACACUCCACUCUCCAUGGCCCAUAGGCCCAGCACGACCAGCCCUUCCUCCCAGUCCCUUUCUGACCCCCACCCCUCCACCCUGGUCCAGCAGUGCACUGGCCUCCUCGCCGGUCCUUGAAACAGACAAACUUGUGCCUCUGCACCCCAGGACCUUUGCACCAGCUAUCUGCUCUUCCUGGAAAGCUUUGCCAUCCUGACCUUUCCAUUGGUUCACACCAGACCAUCAGGGACAGCUCAGCUAUCGCCUUCUAGAGAGGUGUCCCUGAACAUCACUAUUGUGUCCUGAUUUUUUCUUCAUAGCACUUAAUACAACCUAAAAUCGUUUGUAUUUGUUUAUUUUCUUCACUGCGUCUUUAUUAUCUUUUUCCCACUUUUAAAUGUGAGCGUCCCUCAGGGCAAGUAAUGUCUGAUCGUGUUCACUGCUGGGUCCCCAACGCCUAGAACAGUGUCUAGCACAUGGUAGGCGCUCAAGAAAGAGAAUUCGGAGGAGUGAUUCAUUCUACACCUGUACACACAGGGGCUCAGCAUCCCUCACCCUCAAAAGCACAUCUCUCCGCCCUGAGGUUACAUCCGUUUAUUAAGCGAAGCAUGGACGUUUAGCUUGUUUCCCGCCCUCGACUAUUUCAACGGACCCAUUCCAGCUUCAGAAUUAGGUGCAUUUAAAAUUUUGACGACGGUUGCCAAUUUCCCUCCAAAGAGGCGGCCCCAACUAACAUGACCGCUACAGGAAGAAAGCCACUGUUUAUCGCCUUUCCAGGGCUGGUGACGGAAAGGGAUGAAGGUGCCCAUUUUGCAGACAGGACCCUAAGGUCUGGCUCUCUGCACACGGACUCUGGACGAUGCUCCCGGUAACUGCAGGUCUACAGCAGCUUCUACGGUGAGCUACAGCACCACCCAAGCCUCAGGCCCCGCCUCCUCACGGAGUGCCUAACAGCGGCCCCGCCACCACUCUCGCGAGAGCUGGGAGGUGAAAGAUGGCGCCGACGUGAGCGCGCGCCCGCGCAGCCGACGGAGUCGCUGCAGCCUCAGCCGGAGCCGCCUUCGCCACGGGAGCAAGAGGUCGAGCCGGAUCAGUGAUGAGCCUUGCUCCAGCGAGACGGACAAGGAGGUGUUGUCCCCAGUUAUGGCCACCGCGGCCACCUCCUCCAUGGGGGAGGAGCCAGGCCCUGACCGGUCAGCCACACCCCCCGUGUGGGGACUUGGAGGUCCUGGGGGAGCCCAGCAGGGUGGCCCUUCGGCCUCAGAUAGCAGCCAGUCCAUCGCUGGACCCAGCCCUGGCACCAUCUCUGGGACCAGUGAGGACCUGCGGCCUCCCAGACGACGCCUGCCACCAGGGAAGCAGGUCCCCUGCUCCAGUCCUGGCUGCUUCCUCAGUUUCCCCAGCGUGCGGGAUCUGGCACAGCAUCUUCGUACCCAGUGCCCACCUACACAGUCCUUGGGAGGCAAGCUGUUUCGCUGCUCGGCCCUGAGCUGCACUGAGACCUUCCCCAGCAUGCAGGAGUUGAUGGCGCACAGCAAGCUGCAUUACAAGCCCAACCGCUAUUUCAAGUGUGAGAACUGCCUCCUGCGCUUCCGCACGCACCGCUCGCUCUUCAAGCAUCUGCAUGUUUGCGCCGAGCAUGCGCAGAGCCCAGCCCCGCCGCCGCCCCCUGCCCUCGACAAGGAGCCGCCGGUGCCCGAGCGCCCCCCGGAGGCCGACUCUGCGUUCGCGCCGGGAGUGCAAUUCCCCUUGCUCGAACCCUUCACGACCCCCGCCCCGACCCCCACCGGGCCCUUCCUGCCCUACUUGAAUCCCGCGCCCUUUGGCCUGAGUCCCCCACGCCUGCGCCCCUUCCUGGCCGCCGCCCCCGGGCCGCCAGCGUCUAGCGCUGCGGUCUGGAAAAAGAGCCAAGGUGCUGGCGGCAGUCCCCGGAGACCCCAGGGCGGCGCCGACGCGCCCUCAGGGCACGCGGCCCCGAGCCGCAUCGUGUGGGAGCACACGCGCGGCCGCUACUCAUGCAUGCAGUGCGCCUUCUCCACGGCCUCGCGGCCCGCCAUGACGCUGCACCUGGAGGACCACCGCCCCGCCGGCCCCGUGGCCUCCGCGCCCGGGCCGCCCCGCCCCGACGGCCCGGCGGGUAAGGCCGGGGACCGCACGCGUGGGCCGGAGGCACGGACCGAGGCUCAGGCUCCCCCUACUCUGCCCACCCCAGACCCGGCCCUACUAGCACCCAAGGUGUCGCCGCCGCCGCCAUCUGAGGGAGAAUGCCAGGUUUUCUUGCCGCUCUGAACCCGACCGCAUUGGGGGAGGGGAGCCAUGGGUAGUUUUGUAAUGGGAGGACAAUAAAGGAACCGCCAUGAGCCGGCACGUGUCUAGGCCCCUUACCCCUCUGGUCCCAGUAAGCCAGUCUAGCCGUCCUGGGCGUUCAUAUUCUUGGGACAGAGCACCUCAAGGGGGUGUGGUGAGCACAGGAUGGCACAGCCCACUCAGGUCCCAUCGCCCAGUCACCUCAACCCUGCGACCCAGGCCUUCAUCCACUGCCACCUCCACCAGUGUACUCAGGGAGGCCGGUGCCUUCUGUCCUGUCCCAACACUUCCAGAAAGCAGACGGGAUGGAAAUUUCCAGUUUUAAUGAAAAAGUCCCAGUAGUCAGGGGACAAGCUGGGAGGCUGCUCCUGAGAAACAACCAGGUGGCCUAUCAGGCCCUAGAUCCGGAGGCCAGUGCUGACUCAAAGAGGGAGAAUCCUUUGGUGGUGACAGGGUGGGUGCUGUCCUGGCAGGGCUGGGGCCCAGGACUGGGGGCUUCAGGCCUUCUCUUUCUCACUGUCCUCCCAGCCUUCUUCCUUGGCUGCCCCGCUUCUGCCUCUCUCCCUGCCCCAGCUCUGGGGAGGGGGUGGGGACAGGGCCAGCCCUGGGAGACUGGCUGCCCCCUCUCCUCUGUCUCCCCGCCAUGGGGACCUUUUCUCCUUUGUGGGAGGCCAGGCUGGGGUGCAGGGUGCCCUGCUUUCUCCAGGACCCAGCUAGCCAAGCCUCCUGGUCAGGACAGCCUGCCACGUUCACAACCACCUCUUGGGGGCUGGUUUCUCCUGCGUCUUGCUCGCUCCCACCCCCUUCUCUCCCUCCCCUGGCACCCACAGCAUGCCUCAUUCCCCCAUUCUGAAGGCCACUGGAAACAGCUUUCUUCUGCAAAAAAAAAAAUUCAGCAGUGCCCCUCCCUGGCCAGCCCCCUUCAAUGGUGUCCCAGCCCUCCAAAUGAAGAACCUGCUCUCAGAGUAGCCCACAAGGCUGUGUCUUGGACAUUCCCCCACCCAUCCCGGAACCACACUCACCAUCUCCCUACUUAUCCUCCUGGGUACGUAGACACCUGUGAGAGAGAACCUAGGGGCCUCCUUGGCCCUCCCUCAUCCCACUCCUUACCGCCUCUUCCCCCAGGCCUUCCUCCUCUUCCUGCCCAUCUUCCUUGUCGGAGUUGUCCUCGAUCACCUCUUCGUCCGUGGUGUCUGCAGCCAGCAAUGUACCAGUCACCCCUGGGCCAGGUCCCCAGCCUCCUCACUGCCUUGGCACCUGAUCCUUUUCCUCCCUCACCAUCCUCCCCCUCAUCCUCUUCCUCCCCCAGCAUUUCAACCUCGGGCUCAAGAGUCCGGCGCCUUGCAGUCACCAACUUCAGAGCCACCCAAGUAGACCAGCUGGGGCAGUAGCUCAAACACCUGCUUGUCGUAGCGCAGCUGCUGCAUCACCACAUAGUUGAACAGGUCCAGCCCCCACAGCCCCUUCAACUUCUCCUGCCAGGGAUGGAAUGGGGAUCCCGGCGCCCUUAGGCCCUGCCUUCAUGGACACAGGGCCCCUCCCAUCAGCCCCUGCCUCACCAGGGGCUUCAGGGUUGCCACAUCCUAGAUGUGGUAGCCGCUAGGUUCAGGUGGGUCAAGCUGGGGGUCCACUCUGCCAGCACGUCCAGGCCUCAGCUGAGGCAAUUGUUGCUCAGCUCCAACUGCGGGACAGCGGGCCAUUAGGGGACUCGGGGGGCUCUAAGGCUCCCUGAGCUCCCAGCUGUGACCUGGGGGAAGACUCCACCUCCCUGAACCCCACUUUCCUAGUCCUUGGAAUGAAUAGAUGUCAUGAUGCUCCACCCUUGGGGUCCUUGUGAGGAUUAAAAGGGGGACUGGGGGAGAGAGGGAGCUUGGGAGAAGACUGCUGAGUGAUUCUCAUCCCUCGAGUCUGGGACCCUCUCAAGAACUUGAGGGCAGGGCCAAGGGACGUUAUUUUACAGAGCUGAAAGCUAAAGCUAGGAGGGCUAAGCUGACUUUCUUGGUCAGUGUGACUCAGAUCCCGCACCAAGCCCAGGGGCUGGCCAAGUUAUCACUGCCCUUCCACAGAAGUAAGCCCAGCCAGAGAGGCCUGCAGGGCGCUCCCCACUCCCAUGGCCCGGGGAUGCCCUCCCAAAUAUGGCUCUAGCCCUGAAUUCUCCCUCACUUCAGGGACAGGGUGUUCCAGACCCCCAGCUCCUCUCCGGGUAUCAGGGUCCCCUGGCUCAUUGCCAUCGAGUUGAUUCUAACUCAUGGAGACCGUGUGGGUGACAGAGUAGAACUGUGCUCUGUAGGGUUUUCUUGGCUGUAAUCUUCAUGGAGGCAGAUUGCCAGCCUUUCUUCUGGGGCACCACUGGGUGAGUUUGAAGUGCCAACCUUUAGGCUAGUGGUGGUGGUGGUGUUAGGUGCCAUUGAGUAGGUUCCGACUCAGCGACCCCAUACACCACAGAAUGAAACACUGCCCAAUCCUGCGCCAUCCUCAUCAUCGUCGUUACGCUUGAGCUCAUUGUUGUGGCCACUGUGUCAGUCCGUCUCCUUCAGAGUCUUCCUCUUUUCCGCUAACCCUGUACUUCACCAAGCAUGAAGUCUUCCAGGGACUGAUUCUUCCUAACAACAUGUCCAAAGUAUGUAAGGUGCAGUUUUCACCACCCUUGCUUCUGAGGAGCAUUCUGGUUGUACUUCUUUCCAGACAGAUUUGUUCAUUCUUUUGGCAGUCCAUGGUAUAUUCAAUAUUCUUCGCCAACACCACGAUUCAAAGGCGUCAAUUCUUCGGUUAAUUCUUCUUCGUAGGUUGGUAGUUGAGAGCAAACCAUUUGCACCACUCAGCCCAGGGACCUGGUUCAUAAUGAUGUUAGGUGCUGUAGAAUCGCUUGUGACUCAUAGUGACCCCAGGCAAUAGAGUAGAACUGCACAUAGGACUUUACUGGCUGUAAUCUUUACGGAAGCAGAUCACCAGGUCUUUUCUCCCCUGAGGAGCCAGCUAGUGAGUUUGACCUGCUGACCUUUCAGUUAGCAGCCAAGUUCUUAACCGUCAUGUCACCAGGGCUCCUUUGGAACAUAAUGUUGUGUGCUGUCAAUUCCCAUCCUAUAGGACAGAGUAGAACUGCCCCAUAGGGUUUUCUUGGCUGUAAUCUUUACAGAAGAAGACGGCCAACUCCUUUCUACAAUAGAGAGGCUGGUGGGUUUGAACCGCCAAACUUGCGGCUAGCAGCUGAGUGAUUAACCUUUUCGACACCAGUGCUCUUGUGGUAUGUAAUAGGUGAUCAAGAAUUAAUUGCCGAAUG